CUCCGUCCCUCCCUGUAACGCUGCUAUAAAGGCCGGGUAGUGACAGACUGGGCUCACACACAGCGUGAGGACAACAUGAUUUCUGCCAGCCUGAUCGCUCUGGGUCUCAGUCUGUGCUUCCUGGGAGCCAGGGCUACGGAUCCGGCAGGUGAGUUAACCCAGAACUAUCCAAUCCUUAUUCAGUCUGUGAGGCUUGAUUAACCUAAGGUCCAGGGCUUAUACAGGGAACCUGGAACCGUGAAUUCACCCAUUCACCAACCCCAUGUGAAGAAUGAAGGGGGUCUCAAACCUGUAACAUGCCUCGGGCACCACGGGAUCUUACUCCUGUGAAUAUGUUUGGGCACUCUCUAACAUAAUGGUGGCCAAAAGGUAGAUCGUCCUCUGUUGUACAACUUCCACAAUGCUAUGCCAGCUGGGGUCUAUCAUUUGCCCAUCUUUGCAGGGUUGUGUUUGUGAUUAAAUGUAGUCAUGUUUUUGCAUGAAGUAUGUGUGCACGCGUGUAGAGUUGUAUUUGUAUGAACCGGUGUCACUGGAAUGCAGUGGAGUACUUCUAGGCAAUGCUUGCAUUGCACGCUGACAUACAAAAACACUGACACACAUAUAAACAGAGUGAUACAUACAGAGAUACACACACUGACAUACACAAACACUAACAUAUACAUACACAGAUACACACACGUCAUAAUUGUUAUAUUUUCAGCCACCUUUUUGUUAACAUACUUUUUAUGUGCAGGAGGGUGGCCUCCUUCCUUGUGUCCUGCUGGCUGAGGCUGAUAGGAGUGUGGGGGUGACAGGAGCCAGGUCUCCACUUGCCCUCCAAUCCUGUAAUUCCUCAUCCUCUCUCCCACGUGGUGCUCUCUCUGUAGCUGGGCUCUCACUUUCUCCAGCUCUGGCUGCCUGCAGUACAGGGUCCCGGUCAUGCUGUUAAAGGGCUGCGGCACCUGACCUUAGGAUGAACCCAAGUGCAUGUGCCAUCCGAUGGUCCCCCAAGCAUGCGUACUUCCGCCUCUGUCCUGUAUAGUAACAGAAUAGCAUGUCCUGUCCUGUAUAGUAACAGAGAAUAGCGUGUCGUGUCCUAUGAAGUAACAGAGAAUAGCGUGUCGUGUCCUGUAUUGUAACAGAGAAUAGCGUGUCCUGUCCUGUAUAGUAACAGAGAAUAGCGUGUCGUGUCCUGUAUAGUAACAGAGAAAAGCAUGUUGUCUCCUAUAUACUAACAGAGAAUAGCAUGUCGUGUCCUGUAUAGUAACAGAGAAUAGUGUGUCCUGUAUAGUAACAGAGAAUAGCAUGUUGUGUCCUGUAUAGUAACAGAGAAUAGUGUGUCCUGUAUAGUAACAGAGAAUAGCGUGUCCUGUCCUGUAUAGUAACAGAGAAUAGCGUGUCCUGUUCUGUAUAGUAACAGAGAAUAGCGUGUCGUGUCCUGUAUAGUAACAGAGAAUAUCAUGUCGUGUCCUGUAUAGUAACAGAGAAUAGCGUGUUGUGUCCUGUAUAGUAACAGAGAAUAGCCUGUCGUGUCCUGUAUAGUAACAGAGAAUAGCGUGUCCUGUCCUGUAUAGUAACAGAGAAUAUCAUGUCGUGUCCUGUAUUGUAACAGAGAAUAGCAUGUCGUGUCCUGUAUAGUAACAGAGAAUAGCGUGUCGUGUCCUGUAUAGUAACAGAGAAUAGUGUGUCCUGUAUAGUAACAGAGAAUAGUGUGUCCUGUAUAGUAACAGAGAAAUAGCAUGUCCUGUCCUGUAUAGUAACAGAGAAUAGCAUGUCGUGUCCUGUAUAGUAACAGAGAAUAGUGUGUCCUGUAUAGUAACAGAGAAUAGUGUGUCGUAUCCUGUAUAGUAACAGAGAAUAGCGUAUUGUGUCCUGUAUAGUAACAGAGAAUAGCGUGUCGUAUCCUGUAUAGUAACAGAGAAUAGCAUGUUGUGUGGUAUCGUUGUGUAGAAUUUCGCCAAUAUAAUGGAUGCAACCAGUCGUUUUGGGUAGAAGAAGCAAUCUGAGCUUUAUUAGGCCACACUCGGCUUUUUAUACAGUGUCCCUAGCAUGGAGUUUCUAAGACAAAAUCACAGGGUUUCCUUCCCACAAGUCAUUGUGUUUGAGAUGACUGAGCACCGACGAACGCAUACCCUGGAUUUUUACGACAUGAAUGCUUGCCUUGUUCGGUACUUUCUUAGUCCAGCUGGUCGGGAGGAUGAAUGGGCAAGGGUACGAGUGGGGUUCACGAGCUUGCGUAGUCAACUCAAAGAUCCAUGCCAUUAAUGACCAUAUAAUGGUUCCUGCGUUCGGUAGACAAGAUGGCCGCCAAUCCUGAUAGCACGUGUGUUCAUAUAUGCAAAUGAAGGCCACCCAGCGAAGCACUUGAAGUGAUGGUUUGUGGUUAACAUCCAGGGGUUGUCGGUGAUUACAAGGUGUUAACAAGGGGGACAACCACUUCUGUCGGUAACCGAACAGAAGGUAACGGAUAGCCGAACACAAAGGAACAAUUAUCACGUAGUGAUUCCAUUCGAAUGCAAGGGGAUAUCAGAUGAAACAAAGUACAAAUAAGGGAACACGCACAGGGAGUCCCAUGGAAACGGAUCAAUACUUUGAUACAUUUUUCUACAUUUCUUGAACUCACACCAUACUGCAGUAUCUCCUAAAUAUGCUUUAUUAACCCCACGCCUGCUGCAUUAACCCCACACCUGCUGCAAUAAUCCCUAACCAAGCUGUUUUUGUAAAUAAGUCAGAGAAACCCCUCAGCCAACAAGCUAGAGAGAUACAGAUACAAACAAACACAUAUGUAUUUUUCAAUGUUUCACACAGACAUUCCUGUAAAAUGCUUUAAUCAAUUAUUACCCAUUAUGUCUGAAUAAUGAUAUUUUUUGGUUCCUUUUCCUGAUGUAGAGAAGCCGGGCAUUUGUCCUUUGGACGUUGAUUACCCACGAUGUGACUCGGUGAAUGUAAACAAUCUGAAGAACGAUUGUCGGACAGACAGAGACUGCAAGGGGGACAGAAAGUGCUGCUUUUCUGGCUGUCAGAAACAGUGCCUCCUGCCUCUGAAAGGUGUGGAACCUGACACAUAAAACGUACUACUGCCAUGUUUGGAAUGUUCUGAAUGUCACUUAUUGACACAAUAGUCUAUAGUGUACAUAAUGUAACAAAGCACUAAAAUGUGACAAGCUGAGAAAGCCUAUCUAGCAUUAAUGCUGUCUAUAACUAAUACUAAUAAUGUUUUGGUGCUAAAUAGACAAUCUACCUGUGCAUGGCUAGUGUGAUACAAUAAGUCUACAUCUUAAAGAUGCAAUAACCCACAGAAGAUGGGCGAGAAUUUUUUUGGACAAAUGUAACUUUGAUUCGAAUUUACUACAUCAGCAUAAGAGGGAGCAGGAUGCAAAAGCGGAGUGGCCGUCCCCUUGCGCUCGUCGGUAUGUACUAGCUCUAGAAUUCCCACAGUUAUCCAAGUAACAGACGGAGUAACUGAUUUAAUGACUCCUAAUGAGCCAUUUCUGUGUAAUGGCUGGGUGCGCUUUCGGCGUUCUCACCCUGCUGCUGCUCGCCUGUCUGCGCUGCAGCGUAACUUCGGCCUUCCCGCUCACCGCCUCAUAUGUGUACUCAUUCCAAUUACAGGGCCUGGAAAGAGUCCUGUAUUGUUAUUUAUCAUCCUUACCUCCCCGCAUCGGGAGUGGGUAAUUUGCGCGCCUGCUGCCUUCCUUGCAUGUGGUAGCCUUUUCUCAGCCUCCCUCUCUGGAAUCGAACACUGAUUCCCUGUUACCCGUGGUCAACAUGGUAGGCGCAGAAAGUAACAUUGAAAGUUGAUAGGGCAGACAUUCAAAUGCGUAGUCGCCGCCACGGUCACCGCCUCCUCAACCUCCUACUCCACAUCCACCUCCUCCUCCUAGAGCAGGGUGCAAAAGCGGAGCAGCCAUCCCCUAGACAGUACGCCUGCUACUGCACACCGCACCCAGGGACCGAGCACACCAAAGUCAGCUCCAAGGAGUUCCCUGGCAUGGCAGUUCUUCAGACGAUGUGCUGACGACAAGACACGAGUGGUUUGCACACUGUGCAAUCAGAGCCUGAAGCGAGGCAUAAAUGUUCUUAACCUGAGCAAAACCUGCAUGACCAGGCAUCUACAUGCAAAGCACGAGCUGCAGUGGAGUAAGCACCUCAAAAACCAAGGAAGGUCUCAGGCUCCUCCUGCUUCCUCUUCUGCUGCUGUCUCGGCCUCUUCCUCCACCUCUGGAGUGACAGUGGCACCUGACACCCCGCAAACAGAGGAUGUGGCAGCAACGCUACCACGUCCGCCACCAUCCCCAAGCAUCUCCACACUGUCCCAUGGAAGCGUUCAGCUGUCCAUCUCCCAAACACUGGAGAGAAAGACGAAGUACCCCCCUAGCCACCCACAAUCCCUGGCCCUGAAUGCCAGCAUUUCAAAAUUCGUGGCCUUUGAAAUGCUGUCAUUCUGUCUGGUGGAGACGGACAGUUUUAAAAACCUGAUGGUGUUAUUGGACUGCAAGAAAUGCACCGCAGGCCGCAAAUGUUUCUUUUUUUAUAUGUCCCAAUAUUUUGGGGGCUACCCCAAUUAAAAUAAAAAAAAUAUAUAAAAAACAGUGUUGGCUACCUCCUCCUGCUCCACCGCUGCUUCCACCUACACCGCCACGGUCACUGCCUCCUCAACCUAUGGAUCUCUUAGUAUAAACUAGGUACACAGUAGCAGAGGUUUGUGAAGGCCUUUUCUCCAUGCAUCAGGUGUUGAGCUCAGUUUGAACAAUGAAAGAGAAUACCCUGCACUCCAACCCUCCCUCAAAUGGAUAAUUCUGGUGAUCCUCCUGACAGCCAUGCUUUAGAUUUUGAUUUAUGCUCUUCCAAAGCUAAAAUCAAAGAUUCCAUCUAGUGCUAUUUUAUGGCUCAGCUGUAUUUUAAAUGUUUAUGUAUUUGAUGUUAUUUUAAGGGAUUUCCCUAUCCACAUUUGUUUAUAGGGCACUUGUCCUACUUACUCCCAUUUUAUUUCGUUUUGCAGCCCCCUAGCCCUUUCCAUUACUUUUUUAGAGGCAUUUUAGUGCCCAAAAGUUCGGGUCCCCAUUGACUUCAAUGGGGUUUCGGGGUCAAGUUCAGGUCAAGUUCUAGCCCAAACUCGAACUAUUUGACGAAGUUCAGCCGAACUCAAACAUCCAGGUGUCCGCUCAACUCUUUAACAACUGCUACCUGACAUUGUUGCUCUUAAAGGACCACUAUAGUGCCAGGAAAACAUACUCGUUUUCCUGGCACUAUAGUGCCCUGAGGGUGACCCCACCCUCAGGGUCCCCCUCCCGCCCGGCUCUGGGGAGAGGAAAGGGGUAAAACUUACCUUUUUUCCAGCGCCAGGCUGGGAGCUCUCCUCCUCCUCUCCGCCUCCUCUCCUCCCAUUCGGCUGAAUGAGCGCGCAUUCAGACGGUCUCAUAGGAAAGCAUUUACAAUGCUUUCCUAUGGACUCUAUGGGGGCUCUUAUUGACUCCUAUAGGGUUUCUCUGAAACUGCUAUGUUUAUAAAAAAAAAUGGGUUAACCCUAGAGGGACCUGGCACCCAGACCACUUCAUUAAGCUGAAGUGGUCUGGGUGCCUAGAGUGGUCCUUUAAGUCCUUUUUGUUUAUUCUUUUCCCUAACUCCCUAACCCUAGUUCCAUUUAGGGUAUAAGUUCAUUGUGCAUUCCACAUCGGUAAUGCAUGACUGCAUUUAUCUACAUUCAAUCUCAUCUGCUAUCUAUGUUACUAUAGCACAGACAAUCCAUUCACAUAUUUAUUAGUUUUGUAGUGCUGCCAUGUGUUUUAUUUUCAUGUGUGCAGGGUAAUGUGCACGCCAAGCCAAUGUCUUCACAAGAUGCAGUUAUUUAAAAACUUUCACUGAAUUUUUAAAUAUUUGAUUUUAUUACUAUUUAAAAAAAAUUACUAACGUUUCCACAUUGCAAACAAUCUAAACACCAUUAAAAUUACGAUUUGUUUAUUUAAAUUAAAUGUAAAUUAUUGAAAAAUAGCUAAAACAGAUUACAGUGGAAACUAAUUCCAGAAUUCUAAUCAGAAAUUUUAGGUUGGAAAAUACAGAAUUUGCAAAAACAUUUUCCAUCUUAAAUUUGCAAUUCUUUGUCAAUUUUUCCAGUCCUCAGCUUAUUGUGUAACUGUUUUCGUGCACAAUAUAGACCCGAACAUGUUCUGUGUUAAUGCAGCCGGUGACCAUCUAUUACCUUAUUAGUCCGUCUUUCUGAUGACAUUUUUCAACAAUUUGGUCUCGUCUGCAUUAAUUCAUCAUGAAGUUGUGUUUAAUUGAUGGUUUAUAUUAAGCAUUUCUUAAUUUAUUGCAUUAGAAAUAGCUAAGGUUUUAUACCGGGUCUACCUCAGGCACAAAGAUAAUGCUCAUCAUCUUAAAAACAUAAAGUAGUCCAAUUGUUUGGAGGGUCCGGCGUUUUCUAGGUAGAAUGCAUGAAAAGUUAGAUGACGGAAUGGAAUUGAUUCCAUUCAUUAUUCUACCUAGAAAGUUACUCUAAUUAAAAAUAUAGCAAUAAUAUGUUCUUUUAAGGUCUAAAAGUGGGAAUUGCUCGAAUUUUACCUUUUUGGUCCAAGUAACAGAAUUGAAAAAUUCUCCAUUUUGCCAGCCUGGCUAUCAUGAGAUAAAUUGUCAACCCAUCCAGUGCUGUAUGGGGCCAUUCGGACAUUAUUCACACUUUUUAAUAAUAUCCAGAUUUUGCAAUUCAGGGCCUGAACGGGUCUGAAUGUGGUUCAGAUGGUUAAAACCUGGACCCGAAUGCUUUAAAUCCAGGCCCGGGUUUAAAAAUAUCUGAACUAUUUAUAUACUUUUUAAUGGAAGGUGGCUAAAGACUUGGGGAGGUGGCCAUAUACUAAUUGUGGGGUGGUCAAUGCCAUGUCCACACCCUUAUUGUAUAGUUAUUUAGAUUCCCCCACCUGCCACAUAUGCAUGGAUUUCGGGGGAACAUUAUAACCUCCCCCUGAAUAUUAUAAUUAGGGCCCCCACCCUCCACCAAUGGGUGGGGGCUGGAAGAGACACUUGGUCCCCCUGUUAAAUUAUAAUAACCCUUACCUCUUUAUUUAUUUUUUAUUAAAUAGUCCGCUGGCCACCAUUGUUUAUUUUAAAGUUCCCCACACAAUGGAUACAAGUGUAGGUUACGGAGGUAACUAUGCCUCCCUCAUUAUUUAUCCCAGUCACAAGUUUUAUACACAGUGGAUAUGCCUUUAUCCGAGGUAUAGGGUAUAGGGAGGAUUUAGACCUAAUGGGGUCUCUUAUUGACUCCUAUAGGGUUUUUAUUUUACUUUUUUUAAUGUACCAGCUGGCUGACACAUAAUUAACCCUUGCAAUGCUGAUGGUUGUUUAACUAUUUGUCAUCUGGCUGUUCGCACUGCAAAUAAAAAAAAUAAACAAUAAUUUGUCAAUGUGAAUUCUGCUAGAUGCAUUUGGCCCCAAUUUUUGUAAUAUUGUGAAUCUUCCGGGUCCUAUAAUUAGUGCAGGAUUUGGGUGUGAAAUACUGAUUAUAAUCCAGACACCGAAUGCAUCCGGGCGAUUGCUGCAGAACGCUCGGGCCGGAGUUGGUUUUAGUAAAUAUGAGAAUUGCCUUUAAUAUCUGCUGUUUAGUGAAUAAUCCUGCAGGUGUCCAUUCUGGAACACAAGAUGAGAACAGAAAUAAAUUAUAAAAUGUUUUAUUUACUGAAUAUGCAAUUUAUCUUGGAAUGUUUGUAUUUACUGUCAUCUGAAUAACCUGCUCUCAUCCUACAGCUAAGCUGGACCCGUGUCCUUCCUAUGAUCCCUCCAUAUGUGCACGCAUCCGCCUUUCCCCCGGUAACUGCCAUAUGGACAACCAAUGCCAAGGAACUGAAAGAUGUUGCUUCUACUGCGUUGAUUACUAUUGCGGAAGGAUAGUGAUUGGUGAGUCUGGCUCCAUGCUGCCCCCUGUGGAUCACUGAGUCAGGGCAUGUCAGGAUUCCCCAGGGCAAUCAGUUACAUCACUAAGUGUCACCAUUUAUGACGAAAAAAAACCUAAGACAGAUUUGUGAUAGUGGGUGAAACAAUUGUCUUUCUACACCAAGCCCACCAAAGUACCUACCUAUAAGAAAUAAAAUGUCUAUUGCUGGCUAUGAUUGCAGAAGUCAGACGAAAACGACCUCUUCACUCCACUGAUGCCGGUGAAAAUCCAUCAAGAUCCGCUCCAUGCUAUGUAUCACUUUUAUUGCUCCCACUAACUGCUUGACCCCAACUAUACCUAGCUAUCGGCAAUGCAAACACCAACUUUAGUGCCCUGCUAUCAGUACAUGAUUUGGGGGGCUAUGUCUAUCAGUAGAAGAUUUGGGGUACCCUGCCACAAGUAGAAGAUUUGGGGUGCUCUGCCAUCAGUAGAAGAUUUGGGGUGCUGUGUAAUCAGUAAGGGGGUUCAGGCAUUCAUUGUCAGUGGUCCAUCAAACGGAGCCAUGCCCAGAUAUCCGUCCGUUCACAUAGAUUCAGAGAGUUCCUACACUGCCUGAGAGUGAUGGGUGUUAUCUUCUAAAAACAGCUGAGUACUUGCUCUGUAAAAGGAAAAGAGAGCCUCUUUGUGCUGUGGAUGACGACUCCCACAAUGCUAAAUCUUCCAUUAGUUGAGCUUAGAGUGAUGUGCAAUGUUAUGACCUGGAAUAAAAUGGGGUUUUAUUGGGAAUUUCACUGUUAGGUUUCUGCAGACACUGCGGAGGUGCUGGAUAUAAAUAAUAAAAUCCCUGAAAUCUCCACGUUGUAAGACUAUGAAAUGUAGAACUGCAGAAGGUGUGAGGUUCUAUAAAUGUCAGUAACACAAGCUGUAAUGAUGAAGGCUGCGUGAUUUGGAAGAUCCGUUUGGUUUUAUCAUCGUAUUAAUAAAUGAUUUUAUAAUAAAUUAACCAAUACUUUGCUUUUCUUCCAACAGAAAACUAAUCUCUAUCCGGUAACGAGUGACGGACGCUGCAUAGCACAUAGCACACUGAUGGCACGCCUCGUGAUCCAUCCUACUAUCUCUCCGCUUGGGAUGGACUGUGUCCCACCACUUCCCAUCCAAUCAUUGCUAAUUACUGUCGCUUGAUGUAACUGAUUCCAAUAAAUAGAAAUAUCAUCACUCCAUUGUGAGACCCUGCUUUCUGUGUGGGAUUACAGAUAGCACAUAAUGGGA